GUGCAUCUACAGCUUUGCUUGGCAAGGAGGGUGCCAUGGCAUGUACAACAGCAGUGGAGACUGCCAUUGUUAAACACUAUAAUGACCAAAUAAGAGAGCUCAUAGAAGAGGACCCAGAAGAAUAUAAAGAAAUGUUAGAUACUCUAAAGAAGUUUCGUGAUGAGGAGCAAGAGCAUCAUGAUACUGGAAUAGACUUUGAAGCAGAGAAAGCUCCUCUAUACAAUGUUUUGUACCAGACAAUUAAAUUGGGAUGCACUGGCGCAAUAUGGGUAUCUGAAAGAAUAUGACGUUUUAAAUAACGUUCACGUUGGACUGUUCACAAAUACCACUUACCUUCGGAGCCUAGACAAAAACGAGUUAUUUCAUAUCUUUGUUAUUUCAUUUAAAAGUGGAUGAAUCGACGAUCAACAACAGCUAAAUGCAAACAUGACUUAUUUAUUGCAGUCAUGUGUCGCAGUCUGCUAUUGAUCUUUUAACCUAUGCAGCUAGAAGAUACAAAUUGUUCUGUAGCAUUUUUUAAUAAAGUGUAUCAAUUUAUUUCAAUACUGUUAGGAGACGGUCUAAAAACAAAAAAAUACUGGACAUGCCUUAAAGUCAAGAAAAGAUUGAUAAGAGCGAUUGCCGUAGUUUUUUUUCUUGUAAU